UAACCACACUGGGAUCAAUUCCGUCCUCACGUCAGACUCACUUGGGAGAUGUCCAUAUAGCUUAAUAUUAACUUUUUUUUUAUUCUUUUUUAUCUUUUGUUGCAAACUAGGUGUUUGGGAACAUCCUGUUCUUACCUACUACAUAUUACUACAAUAUAAUUGGAUGCACUUUUGUAACUCUGCCACAAAAAAUAGCUACUAGGUUUAACUAGCUAAAGCUUUCCAUGCUUUGACGGUAGCCUUGGGUUUUUGAAUACUCUUCUCUCUCUUAAAUGAAAGCCCUACAAUUGCUGACAUGUUUGCAAGUGUAGCUCUUAGCAGAGGCAUUACUGCCCACCGCAUAAGUAAGAAUGCCACGUUCUUCAUGAAUGAAGCAACAUUUGCAGUCCCUGGAUGCCAGAACCGGACCUCAGAACGGCACAAACCUCUAUUGCUGAUGUUACCGUGGUUGGGUUCACGUCCUCAAGCGCUGGUUAAGUACUGUGACAUCUACUUCAACACAGGAUUUGACGUGCUAGUAUUUGAGAGCGAGGUGCAAGGGUUCCUUUGGCCCCGCUGGGGUCUGGAACAUGGAAAGACAUUACUGGAGUUGUUGGAGAGCGAGCGCUUCGUGUCCCGCCCCUUGCUUGUUCAUGCAUUUUCAAUCGGUGGAUAUACCUUCUCUCAGCUCCUUGUGCAUGUGUCGAAGGAUACAAAUAAAUAUCAGGCAUUCACAAAAAGGAUCACAGGACAGAUUUAUGAUAGCAUGGUGGCAGGAUCCCUUGAGCACAUGGCUAUAGGUUUGGGAAAAACUGUAUUUCCAAAAUGUGAGUGGUUGGUAAAGCAAACAGCCAUGUUUUACUUUGACAAGUUUAAAAGCCACACCGUGGACUACUUUGACAUAGGCUUGGAUGUGUUUUGGAAUACGCCCGUCACCGCUCCUGUGCUGAUGUUCUACUGUAACAACGAUCCACUGUGUGACCCACAAAAUUUGGCGGACUUGGCCAGUUACUGGCGAAGGCGUGGAAUGGAUGUCACAGAAAAGAAGUGGGACAAUUCCAUUCACGCGGGCCACCUUAAGAAACACCCAGAAGAAUAUCUGUCCACACUUUGCAUAUUCCUCAGUUCCCUUGGUUUUACCCCGUUAAAGGCAAAGUUAUGAGGCAAAAUCCCAACAAUGUAAUGCAAGAGGAACUUCACUGUGCAUUAACCUCAAAUGGUUUAAGCUGUAAAAGUACAUCUUGAAUUUUUACACUAAUUGGCGUGUGUAAUGAAGGUACAGUAACAGUUCAGUUUUAUUCAGAAUGAAGAUCGAGUGUACUCAGGGUUUAGUUCAUACAGUUUCAUAAACACUAAAGCAAAGCAUAUAAAGAAUAAAAUGCACUUUGGAUCACAAUGUUCAUGUACGCCAAAGUAAUAAUAAUAAUGGAUUGGAUUUAUAUAGCGCUUUUCAA